UUACUUUUUCUAUAAUACUGUCAAAUACUGUAUUGUCGAGAAACAGCUGAUAUACGAGCCAGCUUUCUUACUAUAGUUCAAUCCACGAACCUAUAAGAUGCUUUGGCAAUUGGCACUAUGCUAUGUUCCAAGCUUCUUACCCAAAAUAGUGUCCCUCACUUCCAUUUCACCAUUCAACUUUCCCGCACUCUUUCUUUCCUCCUCUCUCUACAUGUGUGUAAAAAUUCUAUUCUGCUGAAGGGUUUACGUGGUUAUUUAUUUUCUCUUGAUUUUAUUUAGUUACAUGAUCAAUACUUUUUCUUAGUGAGUUGGAUUCCAAUUUUUUUACUUUUUCUUUAUUGCAAUAUAAAUAAAGAGGCAACUGUAGAUCCAUACGGUGUUUCCUGGAAAAGUAACAAAGGGAUGAAUGACAGAUUAAACAGAAUUACUAGCCCCAAGAAACCACCUUUAAAUCCUGAAAAUGGGAAGAAUAUGGAAUUUCAGGGAAGCAAAUUACAGUCUGCAGAAAAAGCUCCGGCGAAUUGGCGCCAGUCGGUCAGAGAAAGAAGACUGGCCUUAUCACAAGAUGUAGAAAAGCUAAGAAAGAAGCUAAGACAUGAAGAAAAUGUACAUAGAGCUUUGGAGAGGGCUUUCAAUAGACCAUUAGGAGCUUUACCUCGGCUUCCUCCUUAUCUUCCUCAUAAUACAUUGGAGCUUCUAGCCGAAGUAGCUGUAUUGGAAGAAGAGGUAGUUCGGCUCGAAGAACAGGUUGUAAAUUUUAGACAAGGACUAUAUCAGGAAGCCGUUCACAUAUCCUCCAAAAGAGGCAUGGAGGAUUCAUCGUUUUCAUACACUGAGUCAUCAAUUGGAAGUUCUAGAAGAAGCCACUCGAGAUCCUUGUCCCAAAGUGAUGUCAAUAUGAGCUCAUUUUCUGAACAUUCUUCAGCUUCUCUCGCAAAAAGCGCAUCUACAAGAAAACAAUUACCUUUUGAAACCGUGUCAGCAGUCACGAGGGAUUCCUUUAACAGGGCAUCAAAUGAAAAACCAGCAUCUUGUAAACCAAAUUUGUCCCCGGAAUAUGGAUCAAGAAAUGAGGACCGAUCGUGUCCCAAUUAUUCCAAGGAUAAACUAUCUUCGGAAAAGAAAAGCCCUGUAAAAAAUAUCCUGGAAAAGAGACCUGCACAGAAGCCUGAACCAGUAAGCAAAAUUGCAAGUCCAAGUAAACUACAGUGUAGAAUUGUGGAGCAAGCACUAGAGAGUUCGUCUAGUUCAUCUGAUGACAGAGUGACAGAGACAGAGAGCCCGGCUAACAAAAUCUCAGAGGACAUACUAAAGUGCUUGUCCAGCAUUUUUCUAAGAUUGAACAAACUGAAAGGGAAAACAUUGAAUUCAGAGUCUUUUUCUUCACUAGUAUUGAGAGCAUUUAGUGAGAAUAACGUCGAAUCAGAUUUUCGAGAUCCUUAUUGUGCAUCUUCUGAAUUUAAGAAGAGGGACAUCGGCCCUUACAAACAUCUUUGCAUGAUUGAAGCUGGCUCAGUUGAUCUCAACCGCAAAACAAAUGCAUCAUUUUUGAUCCAUAGAUUAAAGCUCCUCCUUGGAAAGCUAGCGUCCGUCAAGUUAGAGGGUUUAACGCAUCAACAGAAGCUCGCCUUCUGGAUGAACACCUAUAAUUCCUGCAUAAUGAAUGCAUUUUUGGAGCAUGGAUUUCCUGACAAUCCUGAAGUGGUUGUAGCACUAAUGCAAAAGGCAACAAUAACUGUUGGAGGACAUUUGCUAAAUGCAAUCAUGAUUGAGCACUUCAUCUUGAGAUUACCAUUUCAUUUAAAAUAUACAUGCCAAAAUUCCUCGAAAAAUGACGAAAUGAAGGUUCAUAGCACAUUCGGUUUAGAGUUGUCCGAACCAUUGGUUACAUUUGCACUCUCUUGUGGAAGUUGGUCCUCCCCUGCUGUGAGGGUGUACACUGCAUCUCAUAUUGAAACCGAGUUGGAAAGUGCGAAAAGAGACUAUUUACAAGCAGCAGUUGGGAUUUCAUCAGAAAACAAGUUAAUAAUUCCAAAAUUACUAGACUGGUAUCGACUUGACUUUGCAAAAGACCUGGAUGCAUUGCUUGACUGGGUUUGCCUUCAGCUACCGGAUGAAUUCAGGAAUCAGGCGGUAAAAUGUCUUGAGAGAAGAGGAAAACAGCCCCUUUCUACAUUAGUACAGGUUAUGCCGUAUAAUUUCAGUUUCAGGUACCUUUUACACCGAUAAGUUUUUUUGUUGUGGCAGGAUUAUAUACUUAUAGAUAAUACAUUUUUUGUUAGUAAUGGUAAUAAAUGAAAGUUGGGAAUGCUGAUUCUUGAUCCUUGCUAAGUACAUCAAGAUGGUGAUAUCAUUUGACA